AUGAUCGAAAACGGAUGGAUGAGGGAGCUACAACUUGCAGACCCGAAAUAUAACGUUAAGGCAGGCAUUGAUCUGGUACUGGGAUCUGAAGUGUUUGAAGAGAUAGUGGAGCCAAAAAUAAAGAAACGAGAUCCAUUGAUGGCCCAAAAGGCGAAAUUAGGCUGGGUUCUCUCGGGCAAAGUCCCCAUCGAGUCACCUGAAGUCACGACACUGAUAUCUAAUAUAUCAACAACGGAGUUCCAUACGGUAUUCCAACGAUUCUUCGAAACAGAGGCAGAUCAGGAUGAUGUAGCGGUUGGGAACGAUUGCGAGAUGAUUUACGAAAGCACGGUCCAGCGCGAGGCAAAUGGAAGAUACGUGGACACGUUACCAUUCAAGAACGACCCUAAGGUAGUGCCACGAGGGAAUUCAAGGAACAGGGCAUUAAUGCGUCUAAAACAACUGGAAAAACGACUCGAGAAGGAUGUUGAAUUAAAGGAAGAUUAUUACCGGGCGAUGCAAGAGUACAUUGACCGUGGUCACUUGCUGGAGAAGGCAGAGACGUGUACUACCUUCCGCAUCAUCCUGUAG